AUGGGAGCGAAGACGUAUAACCUCCUCCGCAGCCUCAUCGCACCAGCCAAACCCGCAGACAAAACUAUUGAGGAGAUUACAAGAACACUCAAAAAUCAUUUGAAUCCAGCAUCGCUAGUGUUCGCGGAGCGCUUCAGAUUCCAUAAGAGAAACCAAGCAACGACUGAGACAGUGUCAGAGUACAUCGCAGAACUGCGGAGACUGGCGGAACAUUUGGCCAAGAAGUCUUCAGAACGAGUUCGUAUUUGUGGGGACUUCAAGGCCUAUCUGCAAAUGGAGAUGGACGAGAGUUCACGGAAGUACCUCACCAUCAACACUCACAAGGGCGAACCCCCCAGAGCUGCUCUACAGACCCUCCACCAGGCGAACACCCCAGAGCUGCUCUACAGACCCUCCACCAGGCGAACACCCCAGAGCUGCUCUACAGACCCUCCACCAGGCGAACACCCCAGAGCUGCUCUACAGACCUUCCACCAGGCGAACACCCCAGAGCUGCUCUACAGACCCUCCACCAGGUGA